UCCUCGAAAGUUUAACUUACUCAAAAAUCAUUACCAAUGUCAGAAGGCAAUGAAAAUAUUUCGCAUCAUAUUUAAAAAAAUUAAGUCUUUACUAAGCAAUGAGAAACAAAAUAUAAUAGUUUGUAAUAAGAUCAUCGGUGGAAAUAGUUACUUUAAAAAGAGUGUAAAUAAAAACAAAGAAACGCAAUAAUGAUUGAUUUCAAACUCGUACACCUUUUGCUGACCCUUCAACUUUUUUUCAAAACUCCUGCCGCAACAAACGAAAGACAAAUUGGUUUAUCAUCUUUAACAGGAUCUGCACUAAAUCCUGACAACUUGAUCGGUGCUAUUAAACUAGCCAGUGGCUUAGGUAAAGUCGCUGGAGUUCCUAAUGCCGUUAUGGAUACAACAUACAAAGCUCUUGAAGCUUAUUCACCAAUUGUAGUGCCACAAGCAGGAGAGGAUAAAAAUGAACCUACAAUAAGUCUUGAUGAUAAACAGUUGAAAAGUUAUCUACCCCAAGAACGAGUCAAUCAGUUAGUCAAAAUGGCUGGCCUCGAUUCACAAAACAUAGAUUGGAAACUAUUUCGCUGUCCAUUGACUUUGAAUCAAUUAAAAGCCAUCGUGGUAAAUCAGCAAAGCUCCUCGGCAGGCCUUUCCAUCAUGCCUAUGGAUUCUUACCUUUCUAAAAUCACUCAUAGCCUUGAUCGUAUUUCAGAUUCCUAUUUUCGGCGUAUGGAGAAAUACAUGGACAGUGAGAUGGAUUUAGAAGAUUUUAUGGAACAUGUAAAACAAUUGGAUCAAGUUGAAGAAGGAUUAGUAGUUUUACCAGUAAGCAUUAAAUCAGGAGUUUUACAAAACCGCCCAGGAUCUAUAGUGCUUCUUUGCUUGGGUAAAUUUCCUCCUGACAAAAAGUUAAGCGAUCCAGCAGCUAUUAUGCCAACAAUAUUGAUAGGAACUAUUAACCAUGCUUCACCUGUCCAAUUAAAACCUGAACCAGUGACUUCAGCUCCAACAUCAACAUCAACGUCCAAUACGCUGAAUGAAUCUCCAAGUGAACCAGUGGUAACAAAUCCAUCCAUUAUAGAGGUUGACGAAUCACCUUUAGCUGAAGCUGAUGUUCCAAUCUUUGUCGGUAGUUCGGAAACUGCUAAUAAUCCAGCUUCAGUACCAGUAGACACAAUAACAUCCAGUCAAUCAUCGAGCUCAAGUUCAGCACAAGCUCAAGCAAAAGUGCAACCACAACCGCAGCCACAGUUCCAACCACAACCCUUUCCCGGACCACAAAUGGUUUCCCAUCUCCCACCACCUCGGCAAGGACGUCCAGGUCGCCCUCCACCACCAAAUUUCCAACCAAGGCCACAGCCUCCUCCUUUCGAUGGAAGGCAACCCUUUUCUCACCAACCAGGAAGACCGAUUCCAAGGCCAAGAACAGAAGGAUAAAGACAGAUUCGGCUGGCAAUUCCCUGACAUUAGUUUAACAAUGUACCAUCAAAAUGUUUAGCAUGAUCGACUUUAGAGUUAACAGCUAAAUAAUCUAGCGGAAACAAACGCUUCUUUUGGAUUGAAAUGGAACAUUAAUUUGAUUACUUUUAAUAUCUUAAGUGAUUCUUUAAUGUCAACAAAAAUAAUUAAAUUUAGUAAUGUCUAUUUACACUCAAUUAUAAUUAAAACAAUGCCCAUCUUAA